AUGUUCUCACAGUCACCACAAGAGUCAUAACACUAUACUAGACUUUAUUCUUGCAAGCAUUUCAGAAACAGAGUCAUUAGAUUGCAGACACUUUGUAUGGAUACUUUCCAUGAUGAGGAAAUGAAAAAACUCCAGAAUUGGUUGCUUUAUGGUAUGUCCUCUUCAGAUAUCAACGGAUCUACCUUGUCUGAUUCAUUCGCUGAUUCAUUUUUCGUUAUUUCAAAGGAUUCAUUCCAAGCAUUCACAAAUUCUUAAGGAUUCAAAGAGAUCUCUAACCUAGUGACUCUACUUACUAAUUGCAAUGUCUAUACCAUCACUAAAUCAGAUGAGAAUGAUUCCGAGAGAUAGGAAGUAAUCAAGGUUUCCAAGUUCUACGAAAUGGUCUAUGACAAGAAAGCAAUCGGAAUGCCUGUUAGGAAACUUACAAUUAAUGAUUAUGUUGCCUCUGAACAAUAACUUAUUGAGAAAUGGCCUCUAAUCUAAGCAUACGCUUUAGACAUUGUUGGAGAAGGAUUCUUUACAAUGAAGCAUCAUUUUGUUAAUCUAAGAGAUGAAUUGCAGACUAUGUAUGCAGAGUACGAUUCGUUUGCAAUUUUCAGAAUUGUCUAUGAUGAAAUUGAUAGAUUCAACAAGCAUUACUAUGAUAAUUUCUUUGCUUUCAAUAAAGACACUCCACUUAAGAGACUGGAAAGAACUGAAUAAGAUUUGAUUGAGGCAUUUUAUCUUAGAUCAGAGUUCAGUCUUCUUACUAGAAAAGCAAGUCACUGUUCCUAGCUUGCAGACGACGGACUUCCUUUGACAAGAGCCUUGAUAGGCAUAAAUACCAAUAAAGAUUACAAGGAAUUAGCUAAUAAGGAUGAAAGACUGUACAAGUAUAAUCUAGUUGAUUAGAAAGAUUCAGCCUUACAUUUUACUUUCGAGUUUACUGAGAAGAAUACUAAUAUCAGAUUUGCAAGGACUAGUUUCUUAAGUAACCUUUCUUAGCAUUAUAUGGAGGGCAUUUACUUCACAGAUGAUGAGGAAGAGAGAAAGUGCAAUCCAAAUGGAAAAAUUAAUGAACUUAACACUAAAAUUUUGUUUAAUGCUUAUAUGACUUUGAUUCUUACUUUCAAAAAUGUGACUGAUUAAUUCAUGAGACAUUAGUUGUCAGUUGAAGAAGCUCACCAUACCUCAGUUGCUCAAUUCAGCAAACUAUUCCUUUAAAGAUGCAAUGAGGGAGACAUUCAUAAGUUACUUAAGAAUGGUAAAAAUGAUUUCGAGCUGGUUAUAAAAGCUUUCAAUACUUUUGGUGAAGAAGUCCCUCAUACUUCAACAGAGAGAAAACUGAUAAACAUUAGAAUUUAAGUGAAAAAUAUUAUGAGCAAUGCAGAUGGAAGCAAUCUUGGAUCAGUAAUCUAUGCUGAUACAUUUUUCACCAUUGAUAAAGAUACCUAUAUCAAUAUUUCAAAGCAUACUCCAAACCUAGAAUUCUGGUAUACUACGAAUAAGCAUUAUGAAAAUUUGCCUUAGGAAAUCAAAACUGAGAAAAACCUUCAAUGUGAAAAACUUGGAUCAAGAUUGAAUUAUUUCUAAGAUUUACAUGGAUUUAUAGAAGUUAAGGAGCCUUUCAAUGAAUUUAUCCAAGAUGUUAACCUGUUUGGAAAACUCGUAUUUUAUGAAUAGGGAUUUAUCUUUGUUGACUAAAAGUUGAAUUGCUUUGUCGUAACUUAUCCCGAAGUAGAGACUGUCAAUUUCUAUGUUUAAGAUGGAUUUUGGGUUGAAUUCAAGACUCGCUCCUAAGUCGGGCUACCAGCAAAUAUGAUUUGCCAAGAUAAAUUGUACUUGAAAAUCAACAAAGCCAUAUUUGAUGAAAAGCACAAGUAUUUUAUCACCUUAGCAGAGUAGACUUACCCAGAAACAAUGAAAGUUGAGAAGAUAUAUGCUGAACCUGAAUUUAUUAAGAAUUCUCAAUCCUUCAAAAACUUUGAAUUAAACAAGAAAUAUAAUAAAUUCUAUUCCUCAAACUUCUAGAACUUCUAAUUUAUGGAACCAAUCUACAGAGAAUUGCUUGAAUUCCAAACUAUAGAAGAAUUCAAUGUGAUAAGGGGAAAGGACUUCAUUAACUUUUCAUCUUUCCGCAAGGUAUUCAAGGAGGGUUAAAGCUAAAUUCCAUAUGGAAACUAUGGAUAGAUGCUAAUUGACAAAAUGAAAUAAUAAGUUACAAAUUCACAAGGAUAGCCUAAAACUAAUGUUAUAAUCAUCAGUGGUAUCCCGGGCAGUGGAAAGGGUAAAUUAGCUGAAUAUCUUGCUAAGUAAUUCUCUAAUGAAGGCCUGGGUGCAGUUACUUUUAAAAUGCCUACAGUUCAAGAGUCUAUUAAAUUUGUAACUCCAAAGUAUAUACAAUCGAUGAUAAACUUUAAGACUACAAUACCAUCUAGCAAGAUAAUACUUUCUGUAUUACCAAGCUAUAAUCAUUUGAAGAAAAUCAUCUUUGAACUAAAGAAGAGUCAAGAAUAUUCAGAGCUUUUCGAGAUCAAGUACAUCAUUACUAAGGUUCACGCUCGUAACUUCUACAUGAGCAAAAACAGAAACACUUUCUAGUAUUUGAUUGAGAACUGUAUGAAGGGUGUUACCCAAGCAGUGAUCUUCGAAAGGUCAAACGUCAAUCCAAAUGAGCUUUAGAUAAUGUAGAGAUCCCUGGAGAAUGCUAACUUUGAGACUAAUGUACUACCAACUCAAGGAAGAUCAUUUAAACUUGAUGAUCUUGGCAAGAUUUUGCUUAACAAUCAUGAUAAGCUUAAUAUCUUAUACAAUAAAUACUUCUAUGGUUUUGAAAAGGAGGGCAAGAGUGCUUACUUUUAAGAGAAAAACGUAGUUGGUGGGUACUUCUAAUACAGAUAUCCAUUCAAGGAGGAUUUAUUAUCAAAGACUAUCAUGAUGGCUUUGAAUAUUCCUAUAAACAAUCCAAAUCAAAUCUUGCAACUCUUACCUUAGAACGAAGAAGAGAGAUAAAAAGAGACUGAAAACAAGGAGAAUAUCUUGAAGAAGUAAAUGGAGAGCAUGUCAAGAGAAGAAAAGAGAAAAGUUGAGAGAGAAAUUAAGAAGUAAAAGAAGAUUGAAGCUGAUCUUGAACCAGAAAGAUUACUUAAAGAAGAAAUGGAUUUAACUAAGAGAAGAGUUAACUCAACUGAUCUUUAUAUUGAGAGAAUCAGAGGCUAUGUCCUAGUUGAAGGUAAAGAGGAUGAGCAAGACUAUGAAUUAAUCUGUAACUUCAAUGAGCUUUCUCUAAAACCAUUGAAGAAUCAAAGUAACAGACUUAAGCCAGAGGAGCUAGGUCUUCUUAUAUAUGGCAGAAACCUCAAUGAAGGAAUGAUAAAGGAAGUUAUGAAAACUUGCAGAGUGUAAUUCCAUAAGAAGAAAAAUCUAAAGACCAGAGAGACAAUUACUGAAGAGGAAAUUGAAAAGUUGAAAGAUGAAUUUGUAAGUUAAAUGCUACCAGAUGGUUGGUUCUACAAUGGAUAUUUCUACCUUCACUAUGAUGGCAGAUAAUCAUUUACUCAUCCAAAUCUCGAAGCAAUUAUCAAGCAAUAUCUAGAUGAGUAGAAUGGAGAAAUCGGAGAUUACAACAGAGAUCUACAAAAGCAACAGAGAAAUGAUCUCAAGAAAUACGAAAAUCAAGCCUGA